AGAUGAAAAUGAAAAUGGCCUCCAGAUUGUUUUGAGGAUUUAUUUUACAAGUUAUAAUCAAAGAUAUAUUGACUUACAGAACUGGAAAUAAACCAAGGGUUUAGUAUAUAGUAAAGAAUGAAGAAAGAUUUAGUUCAUAUAUGUUUUCUACUUGGUGUUUUAUAUCUUAUAAAAGCAGAGGAAUGUGAACCACCUAAUGAUGAGUUUCCAAAUGGUGAAAAGACAGUUUUUAAUUCAACAAGAGUUCGAGUUCAUUAUAAAUGUACUAUUGGUUACAUUCUUGUAGGAGAAUCUAAACAAGUGUGUGGGGAUGAUGGGAAAUGGCAACCGAAAUUCCCACCCAAAUGUUUACAUCCUCAAGAAACAACACCAAAAUGUAAUCGUCUUCCAUACGCAUUACAUAGUAAAAUAAUAUUUCGAGGAACAUCUUUAUAUCAUGAAGUGGGGGAUACAGCUACUAUUAUUUGUGAUCAACAAUAUACAACUACUGGUGGCAGAUAUAAAGAAAGUUUUCAAAUAGUCUGUGGAGCAGAUGGCAAAUGGGCCAUGUCAGACGGCACAAAACCAAUUCUAGCUUGUACAAGUAAGAAGGUAAGACGAUGUCCUUUACCUCCAACAGUACCUAAUGCUUUAUAUCACUACAGUUCACUACCUCCAUUGAUGGGUGAAGGUAGUCGGGUGUUAUAUACUUGUCAACCAAAAUAUGUAUUAGUUGACAGCGAGAAUAAUUACUUAACAUGUCAAGCUGGUAAUUGGGAGGGCUCUAUACCCACUUGUGUACGUAAAGCAGCAUGCAGCAGUCCAAGAGCUAUACACAAUGGUCACUGGCAUUUAGUAAAAGAGUCUGGUAAUGAGGAACAGGUGUUUGGAGAAUAUAAAGUUGGUAGUAAGAUACAAUAUCGUUGUGAUAUAGGAUAUAAAGCUAUUGGAUCUAUAAUGUUAGAGUGUACAGAUAAUCAUCUCUGGUCAAAAGUUCCACCUAUCUGUGUCUAUACUAAUGAACCCAACUGGUAUUGUCCUACAUUACGACAUAUAGAACAUGGUGUCUGUAAAUGUGCAGAAGAGAAUAGUAGUAAUAAUUUAGAGUUGUGUGAACCAUUUGAACGUGGUGUUGAGAUACAGUGUAUGUGUGAUAAAGGCUAUACAUUAGUCGGAGCAUCACAUUUGAAAUGUACACAAAAUAAUAAUAAAGGUGUAUGGGAUGAAGAUGUACCAUAUUGUUUAACAAUUACUGAUGAUAUAGGUGUGGCUAGUGGUCAGGGUCCCGAGUCAAGUGAUUCAUCCUCUAGUAAUGAUGGCACUGAUGUCACAAACCAUGUCAGCACUUUAGUUAUCGUCAUAGCUACAGCUUGCAGUGUACUUGGAGUGUUAUUAUUGGUUAUGGUCAUAGUUGUAUUCAGACGCAAGAAACAGCGCCCCCAUCUCUUCCACCCAGGAAUGACCCCAACCCCCUAUUCCCGUGUUCACAUCAGUUCUAUUGAUGAUCAUGAUCGAGUGGCAUUGAUGGCAUAUGCUGAUGCCACACGUGUUCAUCUACCGACAUACGAAGAAGCAAUGCAGCAAGGACAAUUCCGACCAUCAAACAGCACAGCGACCACACCCACGUCUGCUCCCCAGGGAUCUGAGUAUCGACCAUUACCCAAUAUACCACCUACUAUCAGAAAUAUACACACAGGUUUAGACAGUAAUCGACAUUCAUCAGUCACAACUAGUACCAUGAAUAGAGAUGGUACAUCAGAAAUAUUUGGUUCUCUCGAUACAGUUAAUGUUAGUAUGAGUGAUGCUUCUACAUCAGGAGAAACAUUUGAUAGUGGUACAUCAACUAGAUCUAUUAGUUCACAGAGAGCUACGGCUGGUAGUCUAAUGUCUUCAGCUGAUAAUCUGGCUAAUGAUGAUGCCAGAUUGUUAGAUAAUAGAAGUGAGAAUAUGACAGAGUUAGUAACACAGACACCAAUUGAGGAGAAGGAGGAUUAGAUGAUAUUAAAUAGCGGUAUAUGUGAUAUGUUCAUGUAGUUGUGAACUCCAUUCACUUGGAACUUUAUAUACAUUACAUAUUUACUUAUAGUCUUAGAUUCUUACAUUUAUUGAAUAAUGUGUUUAUUAAGAACUACAUUCAGUGUGCAUAUAUAUGACUUACCAUGGCAACCAUUUGUAGAGGAAUAUUAUACACACACAUACACACACACACCCCAAUUAAACAUAAUUUUUAAUUGUGAUCAAAACAAAAACAAAUAAGAUAACUGUCAAGAAUUGAAUUGACAAUUACCUUUAUUUUAUUUGUUCAAUAAAACUUCAAAUUAAACCAUGCUUAUAUGAUGUUACCCAUUAUUAAGAAAUCCUUCCCCACUCUUAAGAGAGAGAAAUGGGGUUUAACGUCCACUCGACACAAACUAGAUCAUUUUGGGACUAACAUAUGGUUCAAUUUUAUUUCAAUAAUUCGCUUGCGCGUCCCCACUCUUAAUACUGCAGGAAAGGAGUUAUUGUAUUUUUAAAAAUGAAUUGUAAAAUAAUUUUGUUAACUUGUAGUUAGAAUUAAAUAAAACAGGUUAGUAAAUAAUAAAUAAUUAAAUAAUUUCAUAAAAUGUCUUAAUUCUUCUUUCCACAUAUAUAUUGCAUGCAUGAUAUUGUGAAUGUUCAGCAAGAUCCGAAGUUGCAUUAAUUUUAUGUCACAUUUUUAUCCAGUUUGCGAUAAGUUAAUGCAGCAAUAAUUUCAUGUUACUACUUCUACAGUCAUUAUUGAAUUGCUAAAGUCUGUGGAUUGAAAAUUGUUUAGAACUAUGGUCUUUAAUGAUAUUUUCUAUGUAAUUACAUUCCUGUAGGAGUUAUCUUUCCUUCAACCUUCCCUGUCAUAUCAUUAUGGAUUGAACAUGCUUUUUGUGAAAAUUUAUAAUCAUUUAAUUCAUUUACUCAUUAUAAUAGAGGGUGUUUAAUGAAUAUUUUCCAUCAGGAAUUUCGUUAAUUUAUAAUUAAAUAAUACUAUUCAUUAACAAUGUGCAAUUGUACAGCUAAAGGUUAAAGAAAUCAAAAAGUAAAAUGCUAAUUGAAAGUACAAAGUAUAAGUCACAAUCACCAUUAAUGGAGGUAAGGAUUUUAAUUAAAGUUGGUAAAGGUAAAAGGUUAUUAAAUGACAGUUCACAAUUGAUGAUAUUAAAAACAGAGUUUAAGUUAAAUUGAUCUCUAAACCACAAUUAACUAGCUAGUCCAUACAUGUAAAUAUUUUAUAAAUGAAAACUGUAAAACUAUGUUAUAUUUUACUUAAAAGAUUUAGUAAAUAUAAAUGAUGGUUUAAGAUUUAUAGAAACUUCAAAUGGCUCAGUUGUAAUGUGGUCUUAUAUUGCUGUCCUCCUCAUCUGUCUGGCCACCCGUUCUUUAAUUCAGACAUAUUGGGCCUUUAACAAAAUUUGUUUAAAAUAAUAAGAAAGCACUUUAACCAAUAAAUUAUACACAAUUAUUUCAUAUCAUUAUCAGAUAUACUGUAAACAAACAUAAACCUGUCCAAUUAUUAAAUUUAACAAUGCCGUCCUGCAUAAACCAACUUAUUCUGCAAGACCAUGUCCUCUUCCUCCAAGAAUUGUGUGUGAAAUAGCUUUAUUUAACGUCAGCUUCCUCUGAAGUGAUAUCACCAACAAGAAACAAGAUUCGUUAUUUUAACAAAACUUAUUUUUCUGUGAUCAACUUUUGUACUGUUCUCUCUAUUUUUUUCCCCUGAUGUAUCCAACUUACCCUUCUUUCUCUGAUAUUUCCACCAUCUAAAAUUGCCAAAUUGUUUUGUAAACAUUGUAUAUAUAUAGCAUUUUGUUUGUUUUGU